AUGGAGUUCGUCUGGAUAUUAGCGCUGCUGCUGGUGCUGGCAGGCGCUAGUUAUAUGUACAUACAACAUCAACAAGAGGCUAAACGUCAAGCUAUAAGGCUUCAGAAAGAGAAGGAGGAGCUUGCUCGUCAACAGCUUCACGCUAUGAACAACAAAAAGUCCAAGAGUAAAAGCAAAAAGAAGGUCGAUAUGACAGCCGAACUUAAGAAGAAGAUAAAGGCGGAUUUAAUGCAAGAAGGAGGAGCGAAUGAGCACAAAUAUAUGUUGCAUCAAAUUAACGGACACAAAUAUGGUAUCACAGCUGUCAGAUACAGUCCAAAUGGCCGUGUUUUGGCCACCGCUAGCUCCGAUCGCUCGAUCCGGCUCUAUUUCCGUGAAACGCUUACGAACAAGAACCCAAAGCUGCAUAAAAUUAGUAUUGAAUACGACCAUGUUACAGCCAUGAGCUUCAGUUCGGAUGGACGGAGUUUGGUGGUUGCAACGGAGAAUGGCACUGUAAAAGUCUAUCAAAAACUGCGUGUGAAGCCAGAGAUUGUGGCGGAUUUUUCUGUCUCGCACAAGACGGAUGUGCACUCUGUGCUUUUGAAUGAUAUUGGCAAGUGGGCAACGAUCGUUACGUGCGCGGGUAAUUCGGAUACCGAUAUCAAGUUCUGGAACAUGAAUGGCGAGUUGCUACAAACGGUAAACACGAACCAGGUUGCCAACUACCACUGUGUCGGCUCGAAAGACAAUCGAUACAUUGCAGUUGCAGCGUACACACCGGAGGUCAAGAUCUAUGAAAUUACACGCGAAAAGUCGGGCGGAUUCAAGAAGGUUAACAAGAUCAUGACGUUGCAAGGACACAGGACGGGCGUGAUGGAUCUUGCCUUUGAUGGUUCAGAUGUGCUCCCAGUAAAGCGCUUAGUCACGCUUUCCAAGGACGCAUCGGUCCGUCUGUGGGAUAUUAAUGUUCGGUACACUGUCCAAGAGGACCCUAAGGUGCUGUCGGCAUUUACUGCCAGAGGAGAGAAGCUAUUUGAGGCAGUUGAUUUUUCGCCUUGUGGAAAAAUGUUGGUCAUGGUGCGAGGUAAGGACCUUGUGUUCGUCCGAACCUGCGACAACGAGGAGUUUUACGUCAUUCCCAAUGCGAUUGAAGAUUCAAUCAAGCGUGCCAUGUUCUCGCCGGAUGGAUCAGAGGUGCUUGUGCUUGGACAAAAUUGCAAGCAUGCCAAGAUAUACAAGACGCCAAAGUUUUAG